CAGGCGCUCGUCGCAUACAAUGUGCGCGCUACAAGUCUCGAAGUCUGCAGAUGUGACAUGUCAUGCCGCACAUGGAUGAAGCUGUUGUGGAUAGCCUCUUCGUGUCGGACGAGCCGAUGGUUACCUAUUUCCACAACUGUGACUACCUAGCCAUAGGUACAGGGGCUCGAAUCUGCAGUGAGCCAUCCGUCCGACUCAGGGCGUUCACUUGGAAUGAACCAUUGUAAUCUGAAGCCACCUUGGUAGUUGACGUGAAACAUAAGGAGUCAGUCGGCUGGUUAUCCUUCGCUGGCUUACAAGCUCUGACACACAUGCUGAUUGAAAUUAGUUAUAAGAUGACAUGGUAUAGCAGCAGGUCGCGUCCUUUGGCAAGCCGGUUUUACAAUCGGACUGCUCUACGGGCAUGUAGUUCUUGAUCGAUCAUGCUUCACAGCGGGGAUGAAUGCAGCGAGAGAGACGAGUGGCAAUCGAAGCAGAGAAUGCUAGCGCCGGUACAGCGUCAUUGUCGCAAAUCCUGGUGCAUCAUCGUUCAUAAUUUCCUGCAAGUGCGUGUUGUCCUCGUCUUCGCUCGAUUAUCUCGGACGCUAAUAAAUAUACAUCAAGCGUAUCACCAAUCACGGUGCGCUGUUUCGAAACCUACCCUGGAUCCCGAGACCUUGGAUCCGGGUGUGGCAUUCAUCCAGAAACAUAGACCAGGGCCGUGGGCCAACGCUGCCGUCAGCUGCCGACUGCACCCAUAUCCUGGUUUGCUUGUGUGGCGUUCGUUCUCCCGCAGCGGUUUCCGCAGGCUGACGGAAUUUGGGAAAGAAGCGAGGGUUUCGGUGAUGAACUGGCAAGCAGAACCAGCCCUGCUACAGCGUCUAGAAGUUGGAUGUCCCGGGGCCUCAAAUGCGGCCGACCAAUUUCGGCUUAUGAUCAGCUUCGAGGGCGCUAUACCAACGCAGCGGCCUGCACCAUAUUGCGGUGGAGAGAUGAUGUGUGCGCCGCGACAGUGCUGUUUUUAUUGGGGUACAUCGAAUGCAACUCACGACGACGGGACAUGGGAGACGAUCCUCGGUGAGGUGGUGCCCCUCCCGGCCGCACUGGGUUGAUGAUGAUGACAUCCGGCCAGCCUAGCGCAUACCGAAAGGGAUGGGGAACCAAACGAGCCGCUCGAGCCUUGCAGCAAGUUUGUCCGUGUCGUAUGCUCCCUUGCUGACAGAGUAAAAAGUUCCUCGCAGCAAAGAGUCGCGGUG